GAGCGACCGGAGUGAAACUCGCUCGGCUUCCGCCUUACUCUUGUUAUCAGAAAAUACUGUUUGAAUGCAGUAAGUCUUAGCCAUGAAAUAUGGCUUGUCAGUUUGGCCUCAGUGUACGCCCUGCCGGCCCUCCGUGGACUCGCUCUCCCUCCCCCCACAGCACCUGAAAAUGGGCCCGUCCAAGCCGGGCGGCACAUGCGCCUCAGGCGGCGAGAGGCGGGGGCCGGCCCGGCAGGGUCAGCUGUGUAGGGCGCCCGGCCGCCGCCACCAGGACCUGUACCGGCUCCAAGGCCGCGGGCUUUUGAGUGCAGCGUCUUCGCUGGUGAAUACCGCUUCCGCUCUCCGCGUGUGGCUGCGAGUCGGGUUGCUCUGCUGUGUUCCAUCUCCUUCUCCUAAAGAUGCAUCCUGACUUAUCUCCACACUUGCACACUGAAGAAUGCAACGUCUUGAUUAACUUGCUUAAGGAAUGUCACAAAAAUCACAGCAUUCUGAAGUUUUUUGGUCAUUGCAAUGAUCUUGAUCGGGAGAUGAGAAAAUGCUUGAAAAAUGAGUACAUGGAGAAGAGGAACAAGAGCAGGGAGCAUGGCAAUGCCAUGAGAAAGAGACUUCUCAAUCUUCCAGAGGAGUCUGAAAAAUAGAUCAUCACGCCCCUGGCUGCCUUGGCUGAGAGAAGACCUAAAGACUCUUGUUGGUAGCUGAGGGAAUCCUGUCCCACUUGGUCUCCAGAAUCCUUGGAGUGGAAGGUGCCCCGUGAGAAGCUGUGGAGAAGUACGGAAACCCCGGACCUGGAUCUAGAACAUCUGAAGAGCGGUCGCGCCCUCUCCUCUCCCAGCACGUCCAGCUUCUCAUGUGUUUCUUCCCUUUGCCUAUGGCCCGUUAACAUCCAAGUAACUUACCUCCCUCAAUAAAAGCAUUGAGUUUAAUUGUA